AUGAAAAGUCAAGAACAGUUCUUGAUGAAAAGUUUCCGUUUUGUUUUGACUUUUGACGUUUUGACAAAACAAGAGUCAAAAGUCAAAGAAUGUGAAUUGCGAACGUGAAUUAUCAAACCAUUUACUAGUUUGUGGUGUGAAUAUAUAAAUUUCAUUUAAAAGGUUUUUUUAGGAAACGCUUUUCAUAUAUUCAUUUUAAUAUGGGAGCGGGAGAUGAUCCAUACGCAGCAGUUGCAAAAGGCAAAUUGAAAUUGAAAGGUGACAGUGGAGUGAAGAAAAAAAAGAAAAAGGAUAAAAAAAUUUUAGAACAAGUAACGAAAACUAUAGAGACCCAAGAGACAGAAUCACCUUCUAAGCAAACAAAAACUAAAGCAGAGCUCGCUUUUCUACAACAGCAGGAAAAAAUGAAAAUGAAAAGGAUUUUGGAAAAAGCGUCACAGACUCAUAAGGAACGGGUAGAAAAAUUCAACCAACAUUUGGAUAGUCUUACUGAACAUUUCGAUAUUCCGAAAGUUUCCUGGACAAAAUAAUUUGUAUAUGUAUUCAUUUAACAAAAAAUAUUUGUCAAUGUACUGUUGAAGGAUGAAAAUAAUUUAAAGAAAUUGCUGUAGAAAGGCAGUUUAAACAAUUAGGUUUAUUAAGAAAUAUAUUUAAUUUAUUUUUAUCUAAUUAAGUAUAAAAAAUAUUCAGUUCAGAUUUACUAUAGGUAUGUACA